UCAUUAAAAUUCAUCAUGAAUCAUUCUAAUUUUAAUUUUUAUGAUGCUUUUGAUUUUGAUGAUGACACUCCUGUGUUGGCUUUUCAAGUUACUACUGUUGUGGUUGCUGAAGAAGAAUCGAAUAAUCAAGGGCGGAGAAUAGGGUAUCGUGACUCUAUUCUUGGUCACAAUAUUGUCAAUCAUAAUAGAAAGGAAGAUCUUAAUGAUGAAUAUCUUCAAAUUAGAGAAACCACUGCGAUAGAAAGUUUUAGAGCUUUCGUCAAAACAAUCGUAGAAGUUUUUGGUGAUUGGUAUCUAAGGGUACCAAACAAGGCCGAUAUUAGUCGAUUAUUAUCAAUUGGAGAGUAG